CAGCCGGGGAGAACGCCUGAUUUGUGUGGUGGGCGCGGCGGGCGGGGGGAGUGCAGUGCGCAGGCGCAGCUGCCAGACUCCUCCAGCCCGGCGCUCCUGCCCAGCUCUCGCGGACAAGUCCAGACUUCGCGCGCCCCCCCUCCGGGACCGCCCCCUCCUCCCUCUCCGCGACGUCGAAGAUAAACAAUAGUUGGCCGGCGAGCGUCGGGCUGCGACGAUUCGGCGGGCUGCGUGAGACCGGCGGGAUCCCGGCCAGCCGGCCAUGGCGGGGCUGUACUCGCUGGGAGUGAGCGUCUUCUCCGACCAGGGCGGGAGGAAGUACAUGGAGGACGUUACUCAGAUCGUGGUGGAGCCCGAGCCGACGGCUGAAGAAAAGCCAUCGCCGCGGCGGGCGCUGUCGCAGCCGUCGCCUCCACAGCCGUCGUCGUCCGCUGUUCCCGGUGGCGAAGUCUCAGGGACAGGCCCAGCCCGGGACGCCCGCGACCCUGCGCCGGACGCUGGGGCCUCGCCGGCCGGCCGCUGCUGCCGCCACCGCUCCUCCGUGGCCUUCUUCGCCGUGUGCGACGGGCACGGUGGGCGCGAGGCGGCACAGUUCGCUCGGGAGCACUUAUGGGGUUUCAUCAAGAAGCAGAAGGGCUUCACCUCGUCCGAGCCGGCGAAGGUCUGCGCUGCCAUCCGCAAGGGGUUCCUCGCGUGUCACCUCGCCAUGUGGAAGAAACUGGCAGAAUGGCCAAAGACUAUGACAGGUCUUCCCAGCACGUCAGGGACAACAGCCAGUGUGGUCAUCAUACGGGGCAUGAAGAUGUAUGUAGCUCAUGUGGGUGACUCAGGGGUGGUCCUUGGAAUUCAGGAUGACCCGAAGGAUGAUUUCAUCAGAGCUGUGGAGGUGACACAGGACCAUAAGCCAGAACUUCCCAAGGAAAGAGAACGAAUUGAAGGACUUGGUGGGAGUGUGAUGAACAAGUCUGGAGUGAACCGUGUUGUUUGGAAGAGGCCUCGGCUCUCUCAUAGUGGACCUGUGAGAAGGAGCACAGUUAUUGACCAGAUUCCUUUUCUGGCAGUGGCCAGAGCACUUGGUGAUCUGUGGAGCUAUGAUUUCUUCAGUGGUGAGUUUGUGGUGUCUCCGGAGCCAGACACGAGUGUCCACAUUCUUGAUCCCCAGAAGCACAAGUAUAUUAUCCUGGGGAGUGAUGGGCUUUGGAAUAUGAUUCCACCUCAAGAUGCUGUUUCAAUGUGCCAGGACCAAGAGGAGAAAAAAUACUUGACGGGUGAACAUGACCAGUCUUGUGCCAAAAUGCUUGUGAAUCGAGCACUAGGCCGCUGGAGGCAGCGUAUGCUUCGAGCAGAUAACACCAGUGCUAUAGUAAUCUGCAUCUCACCAGGAGUGGACAACCAGGGAGACUUCACCAAUGAAGAUGAGCUCUAUCUGAACCUGACUGACGGCCCUUCCUACAAUAGUCAAGAAACCUGUGUAACAAAUCCUUCCCCGUGCUCUACACCACCAGUCAAGUCACUGGAAGAGGAUCCAUGGCCCAGGCUGAACUCUAAAGACCACAUACCUACCCUUGUUCGAAGUAAUGCCUUCCCAGAGAAUUUUUUAGAGAUCCCAACUGAGAUAACUCGAGGGAGUGUCCAGGCUGUAGUCAUAUCCUCAAAAGAUCCAGAGCCACUUGAAGAAAAUUGCACUAAAGCCCUAACUCUGAGGAUACAUGAUUCUUUGAACAAUACCCUGUCAGUUGGCCUUGUGCCAACAAAUUCAACAACUACUAUGUUGGACCAAAAAAACUUAAAGAUGUCUACUCCUGGUCAAAUGAAGGCCCAAGAAGUUGAAAGAACCCCUCCAGCAAGCUUUAAAAGGACAUUAGAAGAAUCCAACUCCAGCCCACUUAUGAAGAAGCAUAGACGAAAUGGCCUAAGUCGAAGCAGCAGCACUCAGCCUGCAAGCCUCCCCACAACCUCCCAGCGGAAGAACUCUGUGAAACUUACCAUGCGACGCAGACUUAGGGGCCAGAAGAAAAUUGGCAAUCCUUUACUACAUCAGCACAGGAAAACUGUUUGUGUUUGCUGAAAUGUAUCUGGCAAUGAAGUUUUUCCGUGUUAGAAUUUGAGGGCUUUUUAAAUUUGGUGCCGUCGCCAGGUGGGGUGGCACACGUCUGUAAUCCUAGCACUGGGGAGGCUGAGGCAGGAGGAUUGCUGUGAGUUCGAGGCCAGCCUGAACUGCAUUGCGAGACCCUGUCUCGAAAAAACAAAACAUAAAUAAAUUUGGUGCGGAGUUGAACUUUUUUUUAAGGGGACAAAAUAAAGAAUAUACAAUUUGACCUUUUGGAAUUUAACAGUUUUAUUCUGGCCUUGUACUUGCUUGUAUGAUAAAUGUGAAUUUUGUAGAUGUUAGGGUAUAAGUUGCUGUAAAAUGUGUGUAAAUUUGUAUCUUUCACACAACUAAGUCUCAUACUCUGAUAUACAAUAAUUGUGAAAACAGGGCUAAAUGUUUAAAAAAAUCAAAAGAAUCUAUUAGAUUUUAGAAAUACAUUUAAACUUUCUAAAAUGCUUAUUCACAUUUUUGUAUAAGUCAUACGUGAUGAAAACACCACCUUUUUAAAAUAAAUUAUUAAGCAGACUGGAAAAGUGAUGUAUUUUCAUAGUGACUUGUGUCCAACUUAAUGUUUCCUAGAGACUCCUAGGGUCUUUUAAAAAUUACUUUUAUUUUUUAUUUCUAAUUUCAUAAUUCAGAGCUACAUUUUUCAUAGAAGUGUUGGGCCACGCUAAAGUAGUUGGAUGUUACCCUCUGUGUUCCAAUUAAAAUACUAUGCAGUAUCUCUUUCUUCAGUAGCAGUUUUCUAAAACAUCACCCAGAUAUACUCACUGAAUCUUUGGCAUAGAAGGUGUGUUUGCUUAAAAUAGUGCCCUUCUCAGUCAUCCCAGACCAGUGGCAUUAUUAGGUUGUAAAGUAGUAACCUUCUUCUAGUGUUUGCUUAAAAUACGUGAAGUUUUUCUUGCUAUUUCAAUAACAGAUGGUGCUGCUAAUUCCCAACAUUUCUUAAAUUAUUUUAUGUUGUAUGGUUUUCAUCAAUUAUAUGAGUAUGUUUGUUCAUGUAAUAAAUCAGUGAAUAAUUCAUGUUGCUGGAUUUUUGGUAGUGGUGAUUUAUUUUAAUGGUAUAUAGUGUAUUGUGCUAGGAACAUGCUUUAGAGUAAUAAAAUACAUAACACUCA